UUCUUUCUGUAUGUGGCUGUAAACGAUUGUUGAGGUUACAGCACCUUAAUCUACCGGGAAGUUUACAUUUUCUAUUUAUGUGUUUAUAGAUAUUUACAAGUAAAUACAUAACAACUUUAUCAUGGAGAAAUUGUUUUCUCUUCCUUAUCUCGUUCUCGAAUGCCCGAAUAUCAAGAUCAAGAAACCAUCAUGGGUGCACCAACCUUCUCCCAAAACAAUGUUUGCAAUAGUUCUUGUAUCUUACUUUUUAGUAACUGGAGGAAUAAUCUAUGAUGUAAUUGUUGAGCCACCAAGUGUUGGAUCCACAACUGAUGAGCAUGGUCACUCGAGGCCUGUUGCAUUUAUGCCAUAUCGAGUAAAUGGCCAAUACAUAAUGGAAGGAUUGGCCUCAAGUUUUAACUUCUCAAUGGAUUCAUUAUAA